AUGGGAAAUCCGAAGCAAAAAUGGAUGGAGGAAGAAGAAGCUCUGAGAGCGGGGGUUAGGAAACACGGCACUGGCAAGUGGAAGGACAUCCAGAAGGACCCCGAGUUCAACCCCUUUCUCUCUUCUCGCUCCAAUAUUGAUCUCAAGGACAAAUGGAGGAAUAUGACUGUUAGUAGCACGGGGCCUCGGGAAAAAUCAAGGCCCAAAGCAAGAACAAACCCAGAUGUUGCUGUUGCUUCAGUAUCUGUUCCCCAGACUUCUUCUGCUGCUCCAGUCAGACGCGAUUCACCAGCAGCAGCAGCAGCAGCAGCAACCCCAGCUAGACGUGAUUCACCAGCAGCAGCUCCAGUCAGACGUGAUUCACCAGCUGCAGCCCCAGUUGGACGUGAUUCACCAGCAGAAGCUCCAGUCAGGCGUGAUGCACCAGCGGCAACUCCAUUCAAACGCGAGGCAUCAACAGAAACUCCAGUCAGACGCGAUACAACUCCAGUUGCAGAUGAUUCCUCGACUGGCUUAUCUGAUGCAAUACCUGCUCCAGUGUGCAAUGCAAUGAUUUUUGAAGCACUUUCUGCCUCGACAGAUCCAAAUGGAUUGGACGCUACUGCUAUUGCUAGCUUUAUCGAGCAAAGGAAGGAGGUCCCCCAAAAUUUUAGAAAGUCAUUAACCGGUAGGUUGAGAAGGCUGGUUCAGCAAGACAAACUUGAAAAGAUUCAACACUGCUACAAGGUGAAAACCGAUCCCUUGAGUGUGAUGAAAGCACCUGCUCCAAUGCAAAAUGACAUCCAACCAAAGCAAUCGCAGAGUCCAGUAUAUGUGACCGUUGGUAGUGAUACAUUAGAGGAAUCGGCACGAGCUGCUGCACAGAGCAUUGCCGAAGCAGAAUACAAAUCAUAUCUGGCAGCAGAACAAAUGAAAGAGGCAGAGAGGAUAUCUUUCAUGGUUGAAGACACAGAAUCAAUGCUGCAGUUCGCCAACGAGAUUUUGGAGCAAUGUUCAGAAGGUGAAGUCGUGAUGAUGGGGUGAGAUACGAAUCCUAUGAUUACCGUUUGUAAAGUUUCUUCGCUAUACUUCCUUUCGCUAGUGGGGUGCAACCGAAGCGAAAAUAUCUUUUGCUCAUUUUGCUAAUAAUAGUAGUUAUACAGCCUCUUCAGACUGGAUCUGUUGGGGAUAUGGAGAAUUGUUCUUGAAUUAUCUAUCAGAGAUCACACGCUCUUGUAUUUUUUGUGGUACGGAAAUAUCAUUGGUUUUAAGUGAUGUAAUUUGAUGAUUCCACCUAAUUAAGCUAUAGCUUUACUACAGUCA